UAUUUUAUAUGAUAUAUAUAAGGGACUCGAAAAAUAAGAAGUUGAUGCUCAAGUUGUGGGUAAGCUCAAGUUGUGGAGUGUAGUGGAUACAAGAAGGGUGUUUCCUACAAAGUUUAUAGAUGCAUGUAAAGCGAUGGAAAUCCUUGUGACCGAUACAAGCUUCGCUGGGUUGAAAAAAUUAAUGGACACAUUCACAGUUAAUGUAAAAAGGGCGGAGCGAAGGGAAUUGAAUGUGUCCUUGAUUCAGCCUACUACUACUGCAACAUCAACGUAUGAAAAAGUUCAGAGUGUGGCUGUAAGGAUUGAAUUGAGUAAUGGGUGUGUUGGGUGGGGUGAGGCUCCUAUUCUUCGUCCUUUAACUGCCGAGGAUCCCGCCCUGGCAAUGGAAAAGGUGGCAGAGGCAUGUGAGUUUCUGAACACGAGUCCUGCUAUGACCUUGGGCUUAUUGGUGGGCGAGAUUGCUGGGAUUCUUCAUGGUUUUGAAUUUGCCGCGGCUAGGGCAGGGGUUGAGAUGGCUCUGAUUGAUGCAGUUGCACACAGCAUUGGCACACCUUUGUGGAGACUGUUCGGUGGAGUUUCCAACACAGUAACUACAGCCGUAACGAUUCCAAUGGUUUCUCCUUCACAAGCUGCUCAAUUGGCUUCAAACUAUGGCAAAAAUGGAUUCAAAACCUUGAAGCUCAAGGUGGGUAAGAAUUUGAAAGGAGACAUAGAAGUGCUCCAAGCGAUAAGAGCAGCCCACCCUGAUUGCUUGUUCAUUUUAGAUGCUAAUGAAGGUUACACCUCUACAGAAGCUAUCCAAGUUCUCGAGACACUGCAUGAAAUGAAGGUUACUCCAGUUCUCUUUGAACAGCCUGUUCGUCGGGAUGACUGGGAAGGUCUUGGUCGUGUUACUCGGAUCGCUAAAGAAAAAUAUGGGGUAUCUGUGGCCGCGGAUGAAAGUUGCCGUGUUCUAGCUGAUGUAGAGAAGAUAGUUAAAGGAAAUUUAGCUGAUGUCCUUAAUGUCAAGUUUGCCAAACAUGGGGUUAUUGGAGCCCUUAAAAUCAUCGAGUUGGCACGGGCAUAUGGAUUGCAUCUGAUGAUCGGUGGUAUGAUUGAGACUAGGCUUUCUAUGGGUUUCGCAGGUCACCUUGUCGCAGGGCUUGGAUGCUUCAAAUUCAUUGACCUAGAUGGACCACUACAUCUAUCUGAGGAUCCAGUUGUUAACGGUUAUGAAGUUUCUGGUCCGGUGUAUAAAUUCACAAAUGACAGCGGGAACGGAGGUUUCUUUGAUUGGGAUGACAUGGAGUAGUAGGUUAGAGCAGGAGCUAUGAUGGCUCUGAUUGAUGCAGUUUCUUAUAGUUCGCAAGCCUUUGCG